UCUUUGGAGGAAAAGGUGGCAUGCCUAUAACAAAUGAUCUGAUUGGACUGCGUGGCAUCCAUAAAUAAGGACAUCCUUCCCCAUUCUACUACGACAGUCUGCGUCUGGACCAUCUCUGGAUUCUGAAGUGUAAACACCAAAUUUUUUUCACUCAAAUCCGUCCUAUAUAUCAUACACGCCUGCACAUGGUUUGAUGGUGGAAAUCCCACAAUCACUAACAGCACCAUUUCAACCCCCCAAUCACCAUUCCUUUCAAACAUCCAAUUCAAGCCUCUCUCUUUAUCUUGUCUCGUUUCCUUUCACUCAAAAUAUCUUUGCUGCAACCCCCAUGUCUGCCACUUUCACUGCUUUCCAUUUACCUUCACUUUCUCCUUCAUCUUGUCAUGCUUUUCUUGUUUCCCCUUCAUCAUUCUUGUACCAAAAAUAUGGAAUAUUUGCCCUUGUUUUUUUUCUGCUUCUCUUCCUUUCUUAGUGACCUAUUAGCUGCUUAAGCUCGCACGUCCACUUUAAUCAUGUCCGGGGCAAAUUGAGAUAACCUACAAGGUUAUAAAAAGGGAAAUCAACCCACGUCCUCCGUCACAAGUUUGCUAUAUAUAUAACCAUUCCUUUCAGAGUUAACCCUGUCCGGAGGCUUAAUAGAGAAACUCCAUUGUAGGUGUAGCUUUGAGAAAUUCAAACAAAUAAACAUGUCAUUUUCUUGUACGAAAAACUUCUUCCAACGGUUCUGCAUGGAUGAAUUUCGUAUGGAUAGUGAUAUUCAUGGCAGUUGCUUCUCAAGUGAUCUCAUUCCCUCACUUGGGGCUAGAAUUAACCAUGCGACCAAGCUACGUACAUACAUAAUAUCCCCUUUCAACCCUCAUUAUAGGGCUUGGGAGAUAUGGCUGGUUGUUCUAGUCAUUUACUCUGCCUGGAUCUGUCCAUUCGAGUUUGCAUUCCUAACUGACAAGAAUGAUGCACUUUUCAUUUUUGAUAACAUUGUCAAUGGCUUCUUUGCUGCUGACAUUAUUCUCACCUUCUUUGUUGCAUAUCUAGAUGGCCAAUCUUAUCUCCUUGUUGAUGAUCCCAAGAAGAUUGCCAUCAGGUACAUAUCUACCUGGCUUGCUUUCGAUGUCUGUUCCACUGCCCCAUUUCAGUCUCUCAACCUCAUGUUCACAGAUCAUGGCAGUGAACUUGGGCUCAGGCUACUCAACAUGCUCAGACUCUGGCGUCUGAGACGUGUCAGCUCCCUGUUUGCAAGACUUGAGAAAGACAUUCGGUUCAACUACUUCUGGACUCGGUGCACCAAGCUCAUUUCUGUGACAAUGUUUGCGGUACAUUGUGCUGGAUGCUUUAACUAUCUGAUUGCAGAUAGAUAUCCUGAUCCUUCCAGGACCUGGAUUGGUGCAGUGUACCCAAAUUUCAAACAGCACAGUCUCUGGGAUAGAUAUGUGACUUCGAUUUACUGGUCAAUUACAACGCUCACCACCACUGGUUAUGGAGACUUGCAUGCUGAGAAUCCAAGAGAGAUGCUAUUUUAUAUCUUUUACAUGUUCUUUAAUUUGGGAUUAACAGCUUACCUCAUCGGGAACAUGACUAACCUGGUAGUUCACUGGACAAGCCGGACCCGUAAUUUUAGGGAUACAGUUAGAGCUGCUUCGGAAUUUGUGACACGAAAUCAAUUGUCCCCUCGCAUACAAGAUCAAAUAAUGUCACACAUAUGCUUAAGGUUCAAAACAGAAGGAUUGAAGCAACAAGAGACCCUAAAUAGUUUACCCAAAGCCAUCCGCUCAAGCAUUGCACAGCAUCUCUUCCUCCACAUCCUGCAAAAAGCCUAUCUCUUCCAAGGAGUUUCUGAUGACUUCCUAUUUCAGUUGGUUUCAGAAAUGGAUGCCGAGUAUUUUCCACCCAAAGAAGAUGUUAUUCUGCAGAAUGAAGCCCCGACGGAUCUGUAUAUACUUGUCUCAGGAGCAGUUAACUUAAUCUCCCAUGCUGAUGGGCAUGAUCAGGUAUGUGAUUUACAGGUUACGGAAAAGGUAGCAGCAGGAGAUAUGUUUGGAGAGGUUGGAGUUCUAUGUUGUAGGCCACAACCAUACACAGCUAGGACCACUGAGCUUUGUCAAAUACUACGACUGAACGGAACCUCACUGAUGAACAUCUUACAAAUAAAUAUAGAAGAAGGACGUGUUAUGAUGCGUAAUCUUUACAUGAAAAUAAAUGGGCUUCACAGCAGCAGCUUUGACCAGUCCAAUAUAGAUCGGGGGUUGAUCCAGAAUUCAAGGCUUGGGCAAGGAGCAGUGGGAGGAAGUUGUUUGAGUGCUGGAUAUGAAGAGCAAUCACAGAGAGAAGCAAUAGGCAUAAAUUUCUCAGGAUCAGAGGCUAUAGAGACGAUUCAAAGAGGUAGAUUCCCUAUGAAAGGAAUUUCAACAGCAGAGGAUGGCCAAACAGCUCUCCAUGAUGCUGUUCCCAAGGGGCAUAUUGAAAUGGUUAAGAUUCUGGUGGAGGGAGGAGCAGGUGUUAAUAAACCAGAUGCAAGAGCAAGGACGCCAAAAGCAUCGGCAGAGCAGCAGGGAAGCAAGAGCAUAUAUGACCUCUUACAGACCUACGAAAAGAACAAAAAUUUAGAUGAUGAACAUAGGAUAGAUAUUAUCGGGCCAGAAACAACGGAGGACCCCAAGAAUAGUCCAAAUCGAAAUAGAAAUUGGGCCCAAAAUUUCUUCAAUUCACCCAUUUACAGGGAGGUAAUUAUACCGACCAAGAAGAGAGUUACUAUUCACAUGCACUUGCAGAGCAGCAGUACAUCAAGUAGGCAACUUGGAAAGUUGAUACUCCUACCUGAUUCAAUACAAGAGCUUCUCAGAGUGGCUGGUGAAAAAUUUGGAGGCUGCACAUUUACGAAUGUCGUUAAUGCCGAGAAUGCAGAAAUAGAUGAUGUACACGUCAUUCGAGACGGUGAUAAUCUGUUUCUCCAUCAAAAUGAAGGUGAAAAUGCAUAUUUCAAUGUGACCUGA